AUGGCCCUGUCCGCAUCUCUGGGCCCUAGACCCCACUCAGAGCCCCUCGAUCAUCCCCCUGGAGCACCUGGGGAACUGGACAUUGCUGGAUGCACUAUUUGCCCUGCUCCUGAAAAGGAAAGAAUCAGGCUAGAUCAAGCCCAGAAACUGGGGCAGGACUCUUUGGACCUUCCGGAGCACUUCCAGGGUGGCCUGAGGAGCACUGAGCCUAGUGCCGGUCACCCCAGAUUACCAACAACCUCUUCCCAUGACAGUCCUGCUGGGGGCAAACACCAUGAGAGCCCCAUCUCUGGCCAGGAAGUAUUGGAAGCUGAGCAGGAGAGCCUGCAUCUUUGCCUACUGGGCCUGAGCCUCCAGCUGCAGGAUCUAGAGCAAGGCCUGGGGCCCCGGACAUUGGCCCAGAGUGAGAUGGUCCAGCUGCAGGCCCUACAGGCAGACUUACGCGGGGCAGCGGAGCGUGUGGAUGCACUGCUGGCAUUCAGUGAGGGGCUAGGACAGCGGAGUGAGCCUCAAGCCCCGGCAUCCCUGCAGCAAGUCCUGAGGGCCCUCGGAACCCACCGAGACAGCAUCUUCUGGCGGCUGUGGCAGCUGCAGGCCCAGCUGGUCAGCUAUAGCCUGGUGUUCCAGGAGGCCAUCACACUGGACCAGGAUUUGGAGGUCGAGGUGGACUCAGACUGGCCAGGACCUGGUGGAGUCUGGGGGCCCUGGGCACCCAGUAGCCUCCCCACUCCUGCAGAGUUAGAAUGGGACCCAGCAGGGGAUGUUGGGGGCUUUGGGCCCUCGGGGCAAAAGACAGCCUGGACACCAGGGGCUUCCUGUGAGCUGUGUGGCCACAGGGGCCCCCAGAGCUGGGGACAAGGCCCUGAGGUGAGACCCCCUCACCUCUCUCCACAGGAUGUCCUCAUGUUGGGUCUCAGCCACCAGAAACACUUAGCAGGUCACCAAAGAUGCUCCCUGCUCCAGAAGUCUCAGAACAAGAAGCAAGCAUCUUCCAAUCUCCAGGAUGUGAUGCUGGAGGUAGAUUCUGGAGGCCCUGCUUCUAUGUCCAGGAGGCCCCUGACCUACCUCCUCCUUCUCCUCUUCCUUCUCCUGGUGGGUGCCACGUUGCUCCUGCCCCAGUUGGGGGGCCUCUGCUGUUCUCCUGCCCGACUUGCCAGGACACCUUACUUGGUGCUCAGCUAUGUUAAUGGCCCUCCCCCAGUCUGA